AUGGACCAUUCACGUGUUCGUAAUGUUUAUAAAGAUGAAGAAGCUGAAAAACCAAAAACGUCAAGUCAAUUAGAAUCGAGACGAAUACCACGACGAAAUGCUCUCGCUGAUAUAUCAACUGUAUCGACGAAUGCAAAUACAACAUCUCAAAAACAUCAAUAUAAUCAAUUAGCUGAACGUGUUCGACAACUUCAAAAAGAAAUUGUACCAGAUUUUGCCUAUCAAAGAACACCAUCAUUUUCACCAUAUUCAUCUUUAACACCAAGUUCUACUGGUAGCAAUGGAAAUCUAUCAACGUAUCCACAUCAACAAAAUAUUUCAGUUAGUUCAGGUUCAUCAAGCUCAUCUGUACCUACUCAACGAUUUGGUUUAUCAUCGAGAAUUCUUGAACGAGCUCAUCAAAUUCCUGAAAGAUUUUGGAUCGAUUGGCAGCAAAAACAAAUGCAAGAUCGAAUAGAUGAAUUGGAAUAUAUUAAAAAUAAUUUAGGUUGUAGUCCAGGUUCAUCCUUACAUACGGAUGAAAAUGGAAUAGAUUAUUCACCCGAAAACUCUCAUCGUAUUAAUGAUGAUAUUCGUCGAAGAAGUGUUUUAUAUUCACAUGAAGCACAACGAUUAGCUAAUGAACGUCGUACUAGUCUUGCUCGAACAACAACCUUUGAUGAAAUCAUACCAAAACAAAAUAUUGAAGAAACAUCACCUGUAUUUGAUAAUGAUGAUCAAAGUUCAUUUAAUUUCGAUCAACGAUCAGAUAAAAUUGAUGAUAUAGCAGAUCUAAGUGAUCUAGAUGAAAAUCCGCCUAAAGCAAUUAAUCCGAUUUCAUCCGUUCAACAAUUUCAAACAACUCUCGAUCGUUCUCGUUUAACAAUCUCCUUACCAUUUACUUAUACUAAUGCACGAGAACAAAUCAUAUUUCCUACUAAUUAUCGUCAAAUAUCUGUUGAACCAUUAUUAGAAAAAGUCAUUGAAGUUAGUAGUGAUGAUGCAAUGGAAACAAUAACAUCACCAACGAAUAGUAUUGAAGAUGUUGCACAAAUAAAUACUGAAGUUAAUUUAACUCUACUUAAACGAGAAGAUCCACAAAAAAUUAAUCCAUUAUAUUAUACAAAAGCAACUGUUAAUCGUAAUAUUGAAUUUCGUAAAUUUCGACCAUUAUUAUCUCGAAAUAAUAUGAAUUCAAUUCAUAAAGAUACAACAAUUUCUAUACCGAUAUUUAAAAGAAAGGAGAUUAAUGAUAGUCGAUCAUCAUCACCGGCACUCUCCUUUAAAUCAACUCGUUCAAGAUUUUCAUCUAUAACUGAUUGUGAAGAUCUUAAUGAUGAUAUUCAAUCUCUUUCAGGUUGGUAA